CGUUGUGUACCCGUCACAAUUCCUUGGUAUUAACGCAAUUAGGUGUAAGAAAAGUCGAAAAGAUAUCAACAAUGAGGGAUAGCUUGGGAGAAUGUGUACUUUUACCAUAAUUCGAUUCGAUUACUAAAUAGGCUUUGUCGCUGUCGCUUUCUGGCUGCCUCUCACUCGAUACCUCAUCUCUCUGUUACGAUUAUCGCAAACAACUUCUCUCUCUCUCUGAGUUUGGGGGUCAUAGAGACACUUUCUUGUUGAUGAACAAAGCUUUGCAGUAAUGGACAGACAAGGGUUUGCGAUGAGGUUGAGAGUUCUGGUUUUGAAGGCUGAACAGACAACUGGGUUUGGCUUAUAAUUUGGAGUAGUUACUUGACAUGGAAGCUCGUAUGGAUUUAUUUGAUAAGCUUGGCCCCGACCUGUCUUCGGAGAUUCUAACUUAUUUGGAGGAUCCGUCUGAUCUUGUCCGUGCUAGUUUCGUCUCACGGUCUUGGCGACAUUGUGUAAUUGCAAAUGGUCUUUGGAAGCAGUUCUGCUUGCGAAUGUUUCCUCAGUUAUCUAGAGUUGCUCGUGUUAUUGAAUUGAACAAUGGCAGCGAAAAAGAGCCUGUUGAAGUCGGAUCUAGCUAUCAAAUGGAAUGGGAAUCUUUGAAAAGGGAUGAUAGGGUCUAUGCUCUUUUAGCUCGAUAUUGUACAUCAUUUCUUGUUGGGAAUUGCAUUUCACAAGCACUUAGUGCAUCUAGCACUGAUAAUUAUCCAGAGGAAAGCAUUGAAAAUACUCUGGAACCAGCAGAUAUUGUUGAACGGAGGGGUUCGUACUGGUCAAGUAAAGGACAAAGUAAUCCUGCGAUACCCGAGACACUAAUAUACAAGUUGGCAAGUGAGUUGUGUGUUGUUACUGAGAUCAAUAUACGCCCUUUCCAAGCUUACUUUCAAUCGGGUUUACCUAUAUAUUCGGCUAGAUCUGUGCGAUUUCGAAUGGGUCAUCCCAGAAACCUUGCGGAUGUAGGGAGUGAUCUCCCUAUUGACUCAUGUCCUGGUUCUGCUGAUGACAAGUUCGUAUGGACCUACACUUCGCAAGAAUUUCCAAUGGCUCAGGAAUUCGAGUUGCAGAAGUUCAAGCUUCCAGAACCUGUACUUUGUGUGGGUGGAAUUUUGCAGAUUGAGUUACUGGGUAGAGUUCAGAGACAAGAAAUGGAUGGCCUAUUCUAUAUAUGCGUAUCUUAUGUUCAAGUUGUGGGGCGGUCCUUAUCACCAGCAUUUGGUGUAGAAAUUCUUGAACCAUCUGGGAAGUUUGUCUUGAAGAAUGACAUGAAGCACAAGCUUCAUACCCACCCGAGCUUACCUGAGGAUGAGCCCGGUGAAAUCUCUGCUGAUCGCUUGCAGAGACGUCUCAGGGAUUUGCAGCAUAUUGUGAAUCUGUUGCAGGGAAAUGUGGUAGAUGUUGAAUAUGAAUUUGGUGAAGAGGAAAACGCAGCAUGGGACGCAGAUGAUCUCUGAAUUUGUUAUAUAUCGUAUCUACUUAAUCCCAACCCCCCCUCCCUCCUUUUCCAAAACAAAACAAGGGAUGCUAUUGAACUGAAUUUGGCUUUAGUUUCUUGUCUCUUAAAGCCUUAACAUAUGAAGGAUUAUGUCAGAAAAUCCUUCUUUCUUCUUAUGCAGUCCUUCUAUCAAGAGUUGUAUAGCCUUAAAUAUUGUUUUUUUCUCGUGUAGUGUUAUUACCGAUGUUGUAA